AUGCAGUUAACAUUACCUUUAUCCAUAAAAGGUAUGAUUGAACUUGAUCGUGAUCAAUUUACACAAAUAAUUACUGUACCUUAUAUUAAUAUACCAGUUGAAUAUAUUCAAUUAAAACAAUUAAAAGAUAUUUUACUUAUUUUACAUUCAUUUAAAUGUGUUCGUGAUUUAGAACCAAGAUUAAAACAAAUUUUACUUGAUCCAGAUAUUAUUAAAACUAAAGAAGAUAUUAUUAAAUGUAUACCAUCAAUAGAAGAAUAUAUUAAACAAUCAUUUAAUUUUAUUCAAGUAACAAUAACAUAUGCAAAUUAUACAAUUGAACAAAUUAUUAAAGCAAUUUUACCAGAUGAUUUAAUGAAAGAUAAAUGUGUUAAUAAUGGUUCGGGUUAUAGUCUUAUUGGACAUAUUGCUCAUUUUAAUUUACGAGAUGAAGUUUUGCCAUAUAAACAUAUUAUUGAAUUUCUAUUUCAUCUAUGUUUUCUUCUAAGGAUUGCAGCUCAAGUAAUAUUGGAUAAAUUACCAAAUGUAAAAACAGUUGUCAAUAAACUACAUGAAAUCGAUUCUGUUUAUCGUAAUUUCGAAUUAGAAAUUCUUGCUGGUGAUCCAAAUACUAUUGUUAAAUGUCGUGAAUGUAAAGCAAUAUUUCAAUUUGAUUUUGCAAAAGUUUAUUGGAAUCCACGAUUAAGUACUGAACAUGAACGUAUUGUUGAAAUUCUUCGUCCUAAUGAUAUUGUUUUUGAUGUAUUUGCUGGUGUUGGACCAUUUGUUGUACCAGCCUCAAUGCUUGGUUGUACAGUUUAUGCAAAUGAUAUUAAUCCGGAAUGUUUUAAAUGGAUGAAUAUUAAUUUAAAAAAGAAUCAACCAAAAAAACUCUCUCGAGAAUAUCAUAUAUUUAAUUUUGAUGGACGAGAAUUUUUUCGUACUAUUGCUUUUCCACAUAUUGAAAGUUAUCAAAAACAAGUCGUAGAAGAUAAAGAAAAAUCUCAACAUUUAUCAAAUAGUAAAAUUGUAAUUUUAAUGAAUUUACCUGGACUUGCUCUAACAUUUUUGGAUGUUAUUUCUGAAUGGUUAUCAAUGAAUAUCGAAGAAAAAGAACAAUGGAUAUUACCAAUUCAUAUUUAUUGUUAUACAUUUUCAAGAGGUGAAGAUCGUGUUGAAGAUGUACGAACGAGAUUGAAAUUAAUAUUACCAAAUGUAAACAAUGAUCAAAUAUCAUAUCGAUUUGUUCGACAAGUUGCACCAAAUAAAGACAUGAUGUGUGCACACAUUCGUUUAUUUGAUAAGAAAAAUAAAGAUGAUUCAUUGACAGUGAAAACGAUGGAUAAUAAUGAUUUAAUAGUAAAACAGUUUCAACAAAAUUUUUCCGAAUAA